AGAAGUUUGGGCGCAAGAGCAGCUGUUGACAGAACAAGACGCAUGUGGCAUCUCAUAUAUAGUAGGCAUUGCUUCCUCGUUGCCUAUUUGGGUCAUGUGUUUUGCGAUCAGGAUUCUGGAAGAAUCAUGACAAGAAGCUAUAGCAUGGUAGGUUGAAUUCUGACAGCAAGCAUUCUCAAGGCUGAGCUGUGGCUAUGUUGCCAAUUAUCCUGGCCGUAGUGGAGUCUUCUGUGCUUCUGGCAACCUUGUGUUGUUGCUACAACAGGCUUGUUUGUUUGUCUUGCUUUGCUGUGCUAGCGGCCGGGUUGGUGGCAAGCUUCGAUGCGCUUAGAGGUUCUACGUGGCACUUGACAAGUUUGACAUAUGAUUCGGCUGCCAUCACAGGGCAUUCUUCGAUGCGCGCCGCAAUAUACACACUGAAUGGCUACAAUGUUGGCUGGGAAACGGCCGAAGUUCCAGUCCCUCAUCAUUCAGAUUUGUCAAUGCUGAUCCGCGUGAAAGCAGUUUCAGUGAACCCAUCUAAUUUCAAACAUCCCAUGAUUCCAGCUGCUUGGCCAUUCUUGAGACAUUUGAGACAGUGGCCAGUUGGGUACGAUGUAUCUGGAGUGGUAUUGUCAGUUGGCAAAUCAAGCGCGUGCGAUGUGAAAGUAGGAGACGAUGUGUGGGGUAUGUCGAUUGGUGUGGCUGGAGAGUAUGCAGUUCUGCCAUGCCAUUGGACUGUCCCUGUACCCGGCCGGCUGACAUAUGGGGAAGCAGCUGGAUUGGGGGUUGCAGGUCUGACCUCCAUGCAGGCCUAUGAGCGAAAUCCGAUUCAACCUGGACAGCAAGUUCUUGUGGUGGGAGCAUCAGGUGGCUGCGGUCAAUUUGGAGUUAGCCUGGCGGGUGCGAUGGGAGCAAAUGUUACUGGCAUAUGUGGGAGCCGAAACACAGACUUUGUAAAGCAGUUGUACUCGAGCGUUACUGUUGUGGAUUACAAGAGUCAGGUUGACAUGGACUCGUUGAUUUCGAUUGGCCAACGUUUUGACAUGAUCUAUGACACCGUGUCCAGCAAUGCUCCAGAGGAUCCGAACUACGAGCCAGUCCUGAGGCCAACACUCAAGGCCCAUGGGACGUACGUUGCAAUUGGACCGUGUCCGGACUUUAUGGAUCAACUUAGAGCAGGUGCUGACAUGUUUACUCGCAUUUUCAAUGUCCGUGUGCAGCGAAAAGGAUACGAUUGGUUCCUUUUAUCUCCCUCCAAGCCCUUGAUCCUGAGACUGAACCGAUUCUUCGAGUCCGCUCUGAACAAAGUAGCCAUUGACUCUGUGCACGAUCUGACACAGCCAGGUUCUAUUGAACUCGCCCUUGAAAGACAAAAGAGUCGACGAGCCGUCGGCAAAGUCAUUCUGACAUUCGGAGACAUUCCGAGUCGAAGAGCUGAUUGAUGCAACCAAUGAUUGAAGCAGGCUCCACAACGUUGAAUUGGCAGGCUCACACACUCAUAUGACUUUCUAGUUUACAGAAGCAAGACGAGCAGUCGGCAGCAACGCGCGCAA